UAGUCAUUCUUUUAGUUCUGAGGUAACAUGAUGAUGAUUAGAGCAUUCAUGUUGUUCAUGGCGUUAAUGGCUACAAUUAGAACUGCUCUGAUGGAAACACAGACAUACAUUGUUCACAUGGACAAGGCGAAAAUCCCUGCUGCUGAUCACAAUGACCAACAUUACUACUACAAAGCAGUGAUGGAUUCCAUUACCGAACUCUCAUCUCAAGAAGAAGAGGAAGAAGGAGGCAAAGCACCAACGACUCCUCAGCUUCUUUACAUCUACAACACUGCUAUUUCGGGUUUUGCAGCAAAGCUCACAACCAAUCAACUCAAAGCCUUGAGCCAUAUCCAUGGCUUCUUAUAUGCCACACCCGAUGAGCUUCUAACUCUCCACACCACCCACACUCCUCAGUUUCUUGGCUUACAGGAAGGCAGAGGGCUUUGGAGUGCUCCCAACUUGGCCUCGGAUGUGAUCAUCGGUGUUGUUGACACCGGUGUCUGGCCAGAACAUGUUAGCUUCAAGGACAAAGGAAUGUCCUCUGUACCAUCUCACUGGAAAGGCACUUGUGAAAAAGGCACCAAGUUCUCACAAUCAAAUUGUAACAAAAAGCUUAUAGGUGCAAGAUCCUUUCUCCAAGGGUAUGAAGCCAUUGUUGGAAGAAUCAAUGAAACAGUGGAUUAUCGAUCCCCUCGUGACUCCGAAGGACAUGGAACUCACACUGCUUCAACAGCAGGCGGUAAUGUUGUAAAAAAAGCAAGCUUAUUUGGCUUAGCAAAGGGCUCGGCCAGUGGAAUGAGAUAUUCUUCAAGAAUUGCAGCCUAUAAGGCCUGUUGGCCAUUGGGGUGUUCUAACUCUGAUGUAAUGGCUGCCAUUGACAGUGCUGUUUCAGAUGGGGUAGACAUUUUGUCACUCUCAUUGGGAGGUCUUUCGAGACCUUAUUUUCGUGACAGUAUUGCUAUAGCUGCAUUUGGAGCAGUGCAACGUGGAGUUUUCUUGUCAUUUUCAGCUGGGAAUUCUGGUCCAUUUCGCUCAAGCGUUAGCAAUACUGCUCCUUGGGUCAUGACUGUUGGUGCUAGCUACACUGACCGAACCUUUCCAGUUAUAGUGAAACUUGGGAAUGGACACGUUUUUGAAGGGUCAUCACUAUAUUCAGGUAAGAAAACUAAGCAGUUGCCACUUGUAUAUAACAGAACAGCAGGUGGUCAAGGAGCUGAGCAUUGUGUCGAUGGCGUGCUUGAUAUAAACCUUGUGAAGGGAAAGAUUGUUGCGUGUGAGCGAGGAACACACAGCAGGACUGAAAUUGGAGAGGAAGUGAAGAAAGCAGGAGGAGCUGGAAUGCUUUUACUCAAUAAUGAAGCUGAAGGGGAGGAACUUCUUGCUGAUGCUCACAUUUUGCCAGCCACUUCUCUUGGAGCUUCGGCUUCAAAAGCUGUGAGAGAAUAUGCAGGUGCAGCAAAGAAACCUACAGCUAUGCUUGUGUUCCAAGGCACGGUCUAUGGUAAAACUGCUCCAGUGAUGGCAGCAUUUUCAUCUAGAGGGCCAAGCUCACUUGGACCGGACGUGAUCAAGCCUGAUGUGACUGCUCCUGGUGUCAACAUUUUGGCUGCUUGGCCGGCCAAGACUAGCCCAACUAGGCUUAAAAGUGACAAGAGAAGAGUAGUGUUUAACAUGGUCUCAGGAACUUCGAUGUCUUGCCCUCAUGCUAGUGGCUUAGCUGCUCUUAUCAAAUCAGUGCACAAAGAUUGGUCACCUGCAGCAAUCAAAUCUGCUUUCAUGACUACAGCUUAUACACUAAACAGCAAAGGCUCUCCAAUAUCUGAUUUUGGUUCAAACAAUUCUCAACCAGCUAACCCUUUUGCAUUUGGUUCAGGGCAUGUAAACCCUGAAAGUGCUGCUGAUCCAGGACUAAUUUAUGAUGUCACCACCAACGAUUACUUGCUCUAUUUGUGUAGCUUGAAUUACACAACUCCCCAAAUAGCUCUGUUCUCCAGUGGGGUGGUUAGUAACUUUAGUUGUCCUAGCAAUAGUGCAGUUCUUCAAUCCGGCGACUUGAAUUACCCUUCAUUCUCAGCUGUUUUCAAAAAAGAUGGAAGGAAAAUGAGAGUGACAUACAAGAGGACAGUAACAAAUGUUGGUGCCAUCAACCCUUGUACGUAUGCAGUUCAUGUGGAAGCACCUAUUGGAGUAUCAGUUACUGUUGAGCCUAGAAAAUUGGUUUUUAAGAAGAUGGGUGAGAAAUUAAGCUACAGGGUUACUUUUGUUGGAGUGAGUACUGUAACCAAUUCCUCAUUUGGGUCCGUAGUUUGGGUGAGUGAGAAAUAUAGGGUCAGAAGUCCGAUUGCAGUGAUUUGGGUCUAAGUGUUCUAGGCUUAAACACAGAUGCAAUUUGCAAAACCUCUAGUUUAGGACUAUUGGUGGAGAAAAGAAAAGUGACUUAUCACAGAAUCCAUUAACAUGAUUUGAAAGCUGUUAGAACAUUGGAUAAGAAGCAAUAUCAAUUAUGUAAUUUUGGAUUAUCAUGUGUGUC